UUUUGUUUACUGCCCGUGACCUGUCCAUGACUCUUACUAAAAAUACCCGUGACUAAAACGUAUCCUUGGCCAUGACUUCUCAAAAACAACUGUCAACAGCUUGGUAAGUUGCUAGUAGAGUCUCUUAAUUCCCUGUUUCUUUUAGACCAGCUGAUUUGUGUAGGUUCAGGUGUUCCCAGUAUUCCACCCCCUGCUCUUUAUCAAUAUUUGGUUUUGUAAGUUUUUCAUGCAUUCUUUAAAGCCUGGUCUACACUAGGAAAUUAGGUUGAUAUAACUGCAUCACUCAGAGGUGUGAAAAAUCCAUACCCCUGGGCGACACCAUUUACUUCAGGGGUUAGGUCAGUUUGACAGUGCUAGGUCCAUGGUCGAUGGGACAAUUCUCCCAUUGACCUAGGUACUGCCUCUUGGGGAGGUGGAUUAACUAUGCUGAAGGGAGAAGCAUAGCAUCGUCACUGAGGUACUACAGUGGUGCCACUGAGACAUUUUAAGUAUAAACAAGCCCUAAGAGUCUCAUUCUGAAGAAUUCUGAGCUUCAACAGUUGCUGAUAUGAGUAAGAGUGGAGGGCACUCAUCAUCUCACAGGAGAUGCUCAGACCAGAUAGGCCUUGUCCAAAAUGCCCACACGUGGUCUUUAUUUUUCUUGUUAAACACUGAUUCACAAGCAGUUCAGUACCCAGUACUGAUCUUGUACCCAGUACUCAGUCUUGAUCUACUCUGAUUUCUCUCUGUUACUACUUUUCCCCUUUAAAUAUUUGUAUAAGCUCUUUUAUUCACUUUAGCCCAAGUCUUUAUUCUGUUUUUUGCUGCCCUUAUUUUUUUCUCCUAGAAGCCUUAACUGACUCUUGAAUAUUUGUCUAAUUGUCUUCUCCUGCCACCUUUACUUCUAAAGCUAUUUUCCUAAACCUCUGAACUUUAAACAGCCCCUUUUGAAGGUACAGUCACCAUUUCUUAUGCUUUUCAGUAUUCUUUUUUCUCCCCAGAGGAAUAAGUCUUAGUCAUGGUUCCUUUUAGAGUUCUUCAGCUGUCUUCCAUACACGAGGAUUUUAAUGUUUCCUCCUAUCAGACUCUACUGUUUUGUUUUAAUUUUCUACAAUUACCUUUCUGAAAUCUAAUUCCUUUACUGCAUUCUGUGAACCAUUUUCUUACUAUAGUGAAUUCAGAUAGCUACUGAUCAUGGCUACCAUACUAUUAUAUGUGUCAGCAUUAUUCUCAAUCUGUUCUUCCGGUGAGUGAGACUUAGGCCUGGUCUACACUACGAGUUUAGGUCGACUUUAGCAGCAUUAAAUCGAAUUAAGCCUGGACAAGUUCACAUGACGAAGCCCUUUCUUUCGACUUAAAGGGCCCUUUAAACCGGUUUCUUUACACCACCUUCGACGAGGGGAUUGGCGAUAAAAUCGGCCUUUGCAGGUCGGAAUUGGGGUAGUGUGGACGGAAUUCAACGUUAUUGGCCUCCGGGAGCUGUCCCACAGUGCUUCAUUGUGACCGCUCUGGACAGCACUCUCAACUCAGAUGCACUGACCAGGUAGACAGGAAAAGACCCGCGAACGUUUGAAUUUCAUUUCCUGUUUGCCCAGCGUGGAGAGCACAGAUAACCACGCAGAGCUCAUCAGCACAGGUAACUGUGAUGGAGUCCCAGGAUCGCAAAAGAGCUCCAGCAUGGACCGAACGGGAGGUACGGGAUCUGCUCGCCAUAUGGGGAGAUGAAUCCGUGUUAGCUGAAAUCCGUAGCAGUAAAAGAAAUGGCAAAGUAUUAGAAAAAGUCUCCAAGGCCAUGAAGGACAGAGGCCAUAACAGGGACACACAGCAGUGCCGGGUGAAAAUUAAGGAGCUACAGCAAGUCUACCACAAAGCCAGAGAAGCAAACAGAAGGUCCGGGGCAGAGCCGCAAACUUGCCACUUUUACGCGGAGCUGCAUGCCAUUCUAGGGGGUGCAGCCACCACUACCCCAACCGUGUGCUAUGACUCCCUCACUGGAGAAACACACAGGGAAGAGGGUUCGGGGAACGAGGAAGAUGAGGAUGGAGGUAAUGUAGGUAGCUCACAGCAGCAAGGAAGCGGAGAAACCGGUUUCCCCAACAGCCAGGAUAUGUUUGUCACCCUGGACCUGGAACAAGUAACCCCCGAACUCACCCAAGACCCUGAGGGCACACAGGGGACCUCUGGAGACAACAGUCUACACAUCAUGAAACCUACACAUUUUGACAUGUACCUGUCGGACAAUCAAAGGAGUUACUCCAUUCCUAUGGACCCCAAAUCAGAAUUCAACAUAUAUAUUUUAUACUAAUAACAUUUUAUCAAAGUAUUAAUCAAAUGUUAAUUUGCUAACUUGAGACCAUGGGCGGAGACAUUGUGUAACCUUUUAACCAUUGGCUAUUGUGCUAUCUUGUCUUGCUGCAAAACCUAUCCCGGGGUGUGGAACAGCCUACCCCGUCACCUUCCCCCGCCCAUGGAAAAUCUAUAUAUUUCAUUGUAAUCAAUUGAUUGACAGUGUCUCUGAGCCUAAUAAGCUAGGUGACACUACGCCAGCGCUGUGUGUAAUAAACCCCUAUGCUUUGAACUCUA